AUGAGGCGCUUCCUGAGCAGGAAGGGCCGCUUCUCCCUUCGCCAGAGCAAGUCCGGGACCCGGAGUGCCUCCAAGGAUUUCUUCCCUUGUCCUUCCCUUUGAACCUCUCUGAGUUUUAUCUUUCCAUCCAUCCCACCAGACCUCGGUCUCCCUGCCACCAAUCAGAACUGGCCAGAGGCAUUUGGCUUCCGGCUGGGUGGCACUGGGCCCAGCUACAUCCUCUCCGUGGUGGAGGGCAGCAGUGCCUACCUGGCUGGCCUGCAGCCAGGCGACCAGGUGGUGGACAUUGAGGGCCAGGAUGUGACCAACCUCAGCACACCGGCGCUAGUCGCCCUGGCUCAGACCCUCAAGACUGUCCCACCCAGCAUUGGAGUAGUGUCACGGCUUGAACAGAUCGACAUCACCCCUGGCCCUGAUGGCCGUUUUGGUUUCACCAUCGUUGGAGACAGCCCUCUGAUGGUGGAGGACUGCAUGCCCAGCGGCCCAGCCGGGCGCAGUGGCCUGAAGGUCGGAGACUAUGUCAUGGAGGUCAACGGCAUCCCUGUGAAGCAUCACGAAACGGCGGCGGCCAUGAUCAAAGCAGCUCAGGGUCGGCCUCUGCGUCUGGGCGUGCUCAGUAUGGCCCGGCGACCCAAGCGGUUAAGCAGCAGCAUGAGGGUGGUGUCACAGAGCGGGGACAGCGUCAGGGACAGUCGCGCCCACAAGGCCAUGGAGUUCAAUAAGAAGGUGGAGGAGGUGCUGGGGGAGGAACCGGAUGUGAAGGAGCAGCUGUUUGACGUGCUGAAGCAGUACGCUGCCGAGAGGGAUGUGGAGAGUCUGGCCGAGGCGCUGCCUGAUAUCCUGAUCACAGAGGAGCACCAGCAGCUGAUCGACAGCGUCAGGAUCUUCAUUCCCAAGAAGCACCGGGAGCGUUUUGACGAGGUGGUGUCCCAGAGCCUGAUGAGCCGGCUUAAGGGGCGGAGCUUCAGUGACCCCAGCCGCAACCGCCUACGCCGCAGCCGGAGCGAGGAUCACCCCGAGCGCCUCCUGGUUUCCACGCGAGCCAGCUCAGUGCCACGCACCCACGCAGAGGAGGGCGUGAUCCAACCACCCAGGGGCAUGAGGAAGACCAGCUCCCUAAUAGCCGGCCACUCCAGUGGCACCACCACCAACUGCAGGACGGUGAGAGUCUGCAAAGGCAACAUGAGUUUUGGCUUCACUCUUAGAGGUCAUGCUCCAGUGUGGAUUGAUUCCGUCAUCCCUGGAAGCCCAGCAGACAAAGCAGGACUGAAACCAGGAGACCGCAUCCUGUUUCUCAACGGGCUGGACAUGAGGACCUCCUCCCAUGAGAAGGUGGUGACCAUGCUGCAGGGCAGUGGUGCCAUGCCCACUCUGGUAGUGGAGGACGGUUCGUCCACUUACAGCCUGGCAGAGCAGGACCUCGCAGGAGGCGGUGGUCCCCCGGAACGUGCCCGCUCCCCUGUGUUCAGCUCCCUGCAGUGGGUGGCGGAGAUUCUGCCUCCCAGUAUCAGGGUUCAGGGCCGCACCUUCGGUCAGCAGCUGGAGCACCUGCUGACCAUCCAGGAGAGGUACACCAUCUGCAAGGCUUUGGAGAACUUCUUCCAGCACAGGAAUGUUGACACUCUGAUCGUGGAUGUGUUCCCGGUGCUGGACACUCCAGCCAAACAGGUGAUCUGGCAGUUUGUUUACCAGCUGCUGACGUACGAGGAGCAGGAACACUGCCAGAGCAAGAUCUCACGCUUUAUUGGAUUCAAGGCAUCAGUUCCACCACCACCACCUCCCCCUCCUCCCGAGCCUGAGUCUGCCCACGAGCCCCAUCGCCGCAGCAGCUCCAUGAGAGUAACGGGGACCACGUACAGGAGCAGUGUGAGGGGACGUAGUUCAGACGACCUGGUCAUUGGCACACACUUGGGCCUGGGCCUCCGUGCAGAGCCAGUGAUGGAGAUGGGGAUGAGGUUGGCUCCAGGAGAGAGACAGUCAGGUGAUGGUACCUCCCUCCCUGAGACUCCCAACAACCUCACCAAUCUGUCGGCAGUGUAUGCUGAGCUGGAGAACAUGUAUUCAUCCAAGAGGUCCAAGUCUCUAAAGAGUCGCCCUCUUCCCACCCAAGAGAGUUUGCUGGAUCUGGAACCUCCUUCGCGCUCGGCUUCCCCCACAAUGCUCGCUAACACAGGUGCCCAAAGUUCACAAUGCUACAGCAGUAGCCGUAAAGGUCCCCCGACCCCUUCAUCCUGGCAUGAGACCCCUCUUCCCAGCCCCCCUCAAGCUCAGUUCUACUCAUCUGGGCUGCCCAGCCAGACCAGCGGGGAGUCCAAUCCCUACAUCAGCUUGGACAGUCCCCCACCUUCACCCCCGGAGCCCGCUGACUACCCAGCAAGUCCACCACCGACUCGCAGCAGCAAGCGGCGCUACACCUUCUCCAAACCACCGCGUUCAGAAGACACAGAUCGCUUCCUGGAUGCACUGAGUGAGCAGCUGGGACAAAGGGUGGCCAUCAUCGACGACUUCCUGACUCCUGAGAACGACUACGAGGAGGAUGUUGUGCAGAUGGGUUUCCCGGAUGAUGAGGAUGAGGAUAUCGAAGAGGAGCUGGGGGUUGACGAAGAAGAAAGUGGAGGAUUUGUGGCCCCAGAGCUGAGCAGCCCGAGUGACGCUCAAAGCAGCAGUGGAGAAGAGAAUGCCUCCUCUCUCACCUACUCCUCAUCCUCUGACCACAUCCCUCCUCCACCAAUGACACCUCCUCCGCCUCCACCUAAUCAGUUCAAUGACCCACCUCCUCCCCCUCCACCACCUGCACAGCCUCAGCACCAACAACAACCGCAGCAGCAGCUCCACUUCACCCCCGAACACUCCCCAAGAGCAUAUGUGCCCAUUCGCCGUAAAUCUGGACCACCUCCGCCACCUCCACCCCGCAGUAAUCCACCAGCGAAGCGGCUCUCUCUCCACAAAGCACUACCCACAAGAGAGGACUUACAGAAACAGAUGCAACAGAUUUACCAGAGUCACCACUCGAUGCCUACCCAGCCAACGCAGCAAAAAGCCCAGUCACCACUUCCUCACCAACAACUUCACCAAUCCUUACCCCCACUUCCUUCACCGGACUCAACCCAUCACCACACCAACCAUCCUCUCUAUGUGAUGCACCAAGCACAACUGCAGCAGGCUCACCCGGGUCAUCACCACCGGCGUCUGUCUCGUUCAGCCCCUCCGCCGCACCAACCGCCACCUCAACCUUCGCCCCAACCGACGGCUCACCCCGGCCAACAAGCUCAAUAUGCUGAGGGAAUCUACCAAAGUCACCAGGGCCUGAGACCCCAUCCCCACCAUUCUUCAGCUGAGAUGCUCCACCAGACGCACCAAGCACCCGCCCAUCACUCCUCUGCUGAGGUGCUCAACCAGUUGCAACAAUCUCAGGCCCACCACUCAUCUACUGAGAUACUCCAGCAGAUGCAACAAGCCCAUGCCCACUACUCCUCCUCAGAAAUGCUCCACCAAAUGCACAAAACCAAGGGACAUCAUUCUUCAACAGAGUUACUGAACCAAGCUCAUCAAAUGCAGCAGAUGCAGCCUCACCACUCCUCAACAGAACUUCUCCAUCAAGCUCAACAGAUGCAUCGGGGUCAACCACACCAUUCCUCCACUGAGCUGCUCCAUCAGAUGCAAAAGGCCCAGGCCCACCACUCUUCCACAGAGCUGCUCCAUCAAUCACAGCAGAUGCACCAACCCAUGCCCCAUCACUCCUCUGCAGAGGUUCUGCAUCAAGCCCAGCAGGAGCCUGGCUCCCUUCCUGUUAAGUUAAAACAAGACAGUCACUCACACCAGAGCCGCAGAAGUCUUAAAGGUCUUCAUCAAACCCAAGCGUCACCUCAAGGGAGACACCAAGAGCAGCAGAUCCACCAAACCCAUCACCCCCAACCCACUAAACCCUCUCCUCAGAGACCCCACUCUAUCCAGCAGACCCACCACCACUCUAGCACACCUCAGAUUCACCACAUCCACCACAUAACCCCACAGCCCCCUCCGAAGGACUACCAACACCAGAUUCAUGUCAUCCACCCCCCGCAGCAGUCCCACAGGCCCCAGCCUCUUCUUUCUACCUUUCAGCCCCUCCAGCCACAUCAAUCCACCCUGUCUACAUUCCAGCCCCUCCCCCAACACCACAAGCUGCAGCACCAAGUCCAGUCCUCCACCCAAGCCACUCGCCCACAGUCUCAGCCCUCGCAUCACCUGCUGCAAUCCCCAAACCAGCCGCAAUCCCAAUCAUCCCACCAUAAACAAUCCCAUGGCCAGAGUCAGCCCCAGUCCCUCCCGCACUCACUGUCUGAUCCCACAGAGCACCUAGGGCCCCCUCCUCCUCCGCCCCUUCCCCCACCUUGUUCUCCUCCACCACUGCCAAGGCCCAAUCUGUCAAGAAUGGAUUCCAAUCACAUGAGUGUGAAGCGGUUACGCUGGGAGCAAGUGGAGAAUUCAGAGGGGACUAUCUGGGGACAGUUGGGAGCAAAUUCUGAUUAUGACAAACUGCAUGACAUGGUGAAGUAUCUGGAUCUGGAGCUGCACUUUGGGACACAGAAGAGCUCCAUGCCGGCUCCAGAUCCAUCCCUCCUGCCAGAAACCUUCAAGAAGAAAGAUGUGAUAGAAAUUCUGUCCCAUAAGAAGGCUUAUAAUGCCUCCAUCCUGAUAGCCCAUCUGAAGCUGUCUCCUGAAGAGCUGCGUCAGGUGCUGAUGAACAUGGCCACUGAUAGGCUGGAGGCGUCGCACAUCAAACAGCUGCUGCUGUACGCCCCCGACGCAGAGGAGGUCAAAAAGUACGAAGAGUACAGACAGGACCCCGGCAAACUCAGUGAGCCAGACCAGUUUGUGUUGCAGAUGUUGUCAGUACCAGAGUACAAGACACGCCUGCAGAGCCUCCUCUUCAAGUGUUCCCUGCAGGAGAAGACCGAGGAGUUGAGGGGAGCGUUCGACUGUAUCAACAAGGCCUCCAUGGAGCUGAAGACCAGCAGGAAGCUAGCGAAGAUACUGGAGUUUGUGCUGGCGAUGGGAAACUACUUGAAUAACAGCCAGCCGAAAACCAACAAGACCACAGGCUUCAAGAUCAACUUCCUUACAGAGUUGAGCACAACUAAAACAGUGGAUGGGAAGUCGACAUUCCUGCACAUUCUGGUCAAGUCGUUGUGUCAACACUUUCCUGACGUGUUGGAUUUUUCCAAAGAUCUAACAAUGAUUCCACCUGCAGCCAAAGUAAACCAGAGGACGAUCGCGUCAGAUCUGAAUGACCUUCAUGCAACCAUCCAAGACAUUCGCUCGGCCUGUCAGACGAUGCCUGCGACUGCUGACGACCGUUUUGCUGCUGUCAUGAGUAACUUUUUGGAAAACAGUCACCCGGCGAUCCAGUCUCUGGAGUCCCUGCAGCAGAGAGCAAUGGAGGAAUUCAGCAAAACUGCUUCCUACUUCGGAGAAGACGGCAAAGCCACCAACACCGAAGGCUUCUUUGGCAUCUUUGCGGAGUUCAUGAUCAAGUUUGAGAGAGCGCUGAGUGAGCAUCAGGCUGCAGAAAUCCAGAAGAGUCCUCGGAGUCCACGAAUGGCCUCGCCCCUGGCCUGGUAACACACACAUACAUGUCCACAGAGCCGUUCAAACACACACACAUUGCAUACACAUUCUGUGUACUGCACAAAUACACACACAUACACAACACUCAAUGCACAUUUUUGAGCAAUAAAAUACUUUGUAUCAUAUAUGUAUGUACUUUUGAUUACAUUCAGCGAGACAGAAUGUCUUUGCAUCAAAUAUAGACAAUUUUGCAUUAUACCAGUGGUGCAGUGUAUGUGUUCUUUUCAAAAUAAGUUUUAUUGUAGUCUAAAGCGUUAAGGCUUCGAGAUAGAACACAAUGUUGUUUGGUUGUCAAAAUAGCUGUACUGUUAAGAAGUUACAGUUCCGAAGUUUUCUUUCUCUAAGCCAGAGUUAUCUACGGUUUCAAACUUUAUGAUUGAUCCUUGAAUAAGAUGAUGAUUUAUGAAAAUUAAAUUGUAUCCUGAUUAUAGAUGUUUACUUAAAAUAUACCUGCGUACAGCCAUUGGUUUGGAAGAAACCACAAAUGCAGUUUCCCUAUUAGUGAACUGUGGUUUGUACGAAGCCCACCACCCUGAAUGUAAAAUAGGUUCUUUACUGAUUAACUCUAGAUUAUUUUCUCGAGUAAAUAAUCAGUUACAUCCCAAUGAUAGAUUGUUUAGUGUGCUGUAUCAUGUUUAUACCUCCACUUAUAAGGAUUUCCUUACUGCAUCAGGUGUAGCUUUAAUAACUUUAUAUUCCUAAAUGGUUUUGCUGUGGUAUGAUACCGCCAGUGCUACAAAUGUGUACAUAUGAGACAGUGGGGUGUUGGCACUUACUACUUAAGACAAUUUCAACUGUCGUAAGGAUCCUUUUUAGUUAUUUGUAUUCACAUGAAGAAGUGGGAUCUUGUGGCGCCCACAGUGGGCAGUGUGCAAUAUGUUUUUUGCUGUUCACUGCUGUUCUGCUGUAACAGCGAUACCUUGUAUUUGCACUGUACAGAAUGAGAGUGAAUCAAAUGAGAACAUACGCUACGGUAUAUGACGCACUUUUCUGUAUUAACCAAAAUAUUUAUGUCAUUGUGUUACGCAGUACAGACUGAGCAGAGCGAUAAGUUUAGUGUAAGAGAUGCAUCAUUUUGGUUAGUUCUCAACUAGUGAUGCAGUUUCACAUCUCAGAAUAUACACCAGUGCUUUGUAAAAGUCUAUAGGUGAUAUUUUGAAUUGUUAAGGUUAAUCUGUGCAGCUAGUGAAAGCUUUGUUUUCUUAUCUAAGUUGUCUUUACAGAACGUCUAAGGCCUAUAAAGUGUUACAAAAGUCCAUAACAUCUGUAUUUUUUAUUCUGUCCUAACAAU